AUGAUUUCGGUGAUCGGGGGCCUUUGUUGUGGACUUGCGGCUGUGUUCACGGUGGUGGCCAACCAUGUUCGCUGGAUCCCACUGUACUUUGCUGGGCCCUUCCUGAUCUUUGUGUACAUGACCUGUGAUGCCGUGGACGGCAAGCACGCGCGGCGCACGAAGCAGAGCACGCCGCUCGGAGCCGUUGUGGAUCAUGGCAUCGAUGCCUUCUGCGCUUUCACCACAGGCGUCGCUGUUGUAGUGACAGCUGAUCCAGAGCUAAAGGACCCAAAUCUCAUGCUAGCCUUUUGCCUCUUUCAUGGGGCCUGGUUCUGUGCACAGUGGGGUGAGCUAGUCCUGGGCUCCCUGGAUCAGCGUGGGAUCACGGAGGGCGAGUUUGCCUCCAUGGCAGUCAUCUCUUUGCCUGGGAUCUUUGGCCCUGAUGCUGCCAAGUCCCAUCUGCCGGACUGGAUCCCUUACUUCGGAGCUAGGCCUAUUUUGGACCCUGUGACCACAGGGGUCAUCCUAGUCUGUGGAGGCGUCUGCCUGUCCUUUGCCUUGCGGAUCUUUCUGAAUCUUCAGGGUUUGGACAGGCUCAGGGCCGCCUUUCCCCUUGCCCACCUGGCUUUGCACACUGUUGCGGCCAUGCGUCUAGCGGCCUCCCCACUGAGACCCGAGUGGCCGCUGUUGACCUUCACCGUGGUGGGGAUGCAUGCCUCGCGCCUUGCCUAG